AACAGCAGAAGCUAAAAAAAGGUCUUCAAAAGUAACGAGACUUGGUAGCAGGCCUAAGCUGUGCUUCUCUCACGUACUCUUUUGCAUUCGAACUCACUCAGAUGUACUGCGAACUCAGCUAGCGUGUGUUUUUGUUUAUUUCUUCAACUCGAACUGCAAAAAGAAAAAACUGCAGCAUUUGAUUGAAUGGAGCCUCCCCUGCCGGUUUUGCCUACAAAUUACGGAAUCUCAAACGAAUUCUGUUCUAAAGGUUGUAAAAGGACAAGAUUAUCGAGUGAUUCAAAAGAUUAUGACAGCACCAUCUCUGCUGCAAAUCCUCAAGAUGGCAAUGAAAAGACAAAACCUAAGGUCUUACCGAAUGCAAUUGAUUUCAGUGACCCACUUGCAUAUGCUAAAAUGCUUGAAACUUUUAAUACUGGUGGUAAAUAUGGAAGUGUUACAAAAGAUGUAGAAACCCUUAUUUCUGUGAAUACACAAUUGGUAAGCAAGGUACUUGCUUUGCAUCCUCGUCUUUCAAAUAUGUCGGCGGAUGUGGAAAAGACCCAAAGGAAAGAGGCUUCAAAGGUCCCAAGUCGACAACUUUCCCAUUUGUCACGAAAUAAUUUUAUCGACUUGGAGGAUGACUCUAUUGGAAAUGACAUCACAUCAUCGGUGUCACCAGUAGUGAUUCUGGAUUCAGAUGAUGAAGACAAUAGAAAUCCUAGAUCUCUACAUCCGGUUCAGGAAAUUGUAUUGAGGAAGCCAUCUGGGAAUUUAAUCUAUAAAGAGAUAAAGGUUGGAGAGCCUAAUUUGUUUCAGUUUGGGGUGUCUAUGGGUAACCGAGUUUACAAGGAAGAGAAGAUUAGUCUAACCAGUGAAUUUGAUAUCAAGAAGGAUAAAGGUGUUUAUGUUGGUGUUGAAGACGAUGUUGAUGCUCAAAUGGAGAAUGAAGAUGAUGGUCUGGGAGAUAUUUGGCAGGAGAUGUCAAUGGCAUUAGAAUUCUCCAAGGAUGCUAUUGAGGAUACUUCAAACGAGCACAUGCUGGAAGAUGACGAAGAUUGUGAUCAUUCUUUUGUCUUGAAGGAUGAUCUUGGUUAUGUGUGUAGAAUUUGCGGGGUCAUUCAGAGAGGAAUUGAGACUAUAAUUGACAUCCAGUAUAACAAGGCCAAAAAGAGCACAAAUGCUUAUGCAUUUGAGCCUCGAAAUGGCAAAAAUAGAGAGUCAAUUGAAACUGGAGUUAAGUUCUCUGAAGAUGAUUUAGCAGUAACUGGCAUAACUGCUCAUCCAAGGCAUAUGAAGCAAAUGAAACCUCAUCAAGUAGAAGGCUUUAAUUUUCUUCUGAGCAAUUUGGUGGCAGAUAACCCUGGGGGCUGCAUCUUGGCACAUGCCCCUGGUUCGGGAAAAACAUUUAUGAUAAUCAGCUUCAUGCAGAGUUUCCUAGCCAAAUAUCCACAUGCUAAACCACUAGUUGUGCUUCCAAAAGGCAUCUUGGCUACAUGGAAAAAGGAGUUUGAAACAUGGCAAGUAGAGGAUAUUCCACUGCUUGAUUUUUAUACUGUGAAAGCAGAUAAUAGAUCUCAGCAAUUGGAUGUUUUGAAGAAGUGGGUUGAGUGCAAAAGUAUCCUUUUUCUGGGAUACAAGCAGUUCUCUACCAUAAUUUGUGAUGGUGGAACCAGCCAGACUUCUAUAUCUUGCCGAGAGAUACUGCUCAGAGCACCUUCAAUUUUAAUUUUGGAUGAAGGCCACACACCGAGGAAUGAGAACACCGAUGUGUUACAAUCCCUUGCAAAAGUGCAAACAGCUCGAAAAGUGGUGCUUUCAGGAACUCUUUAUCAAAAUCAUGUCAAAGAGGUAUUUAACAUAUUGAACCUUGUUCGACCAAAGUUUCUUAGGUUGGAUACUUCAAAAUCAGUAAUUAAGCGGAUAAUGAGCAAGGUGCAUAUAGCUGGGGUGAAGAAGCAGUUAAAAGCUGGAGCAGAUGCAGCUUUUUAUGAUUUGGUGGAGCACACACUGCAGAAAGAUGAAAAUUUUGAGAGAAAAGUCUCAGUCAUCCAUGAUCUGCGUGAGAUGACCAGCAAAGUUCUUCAUUACUAUAAAGGUGAUUUCUUGGAUGAGCUUCCUGGACUUGUUGAUUUCACUGUUGUGCUGAGUCUUGGUCCUAGACAGAAGGAUGAAGUUCACAAGUUAAGAAGGUUUCAAAGGAAAUUCAAGAUUUCAUCUGUUGGUAGUGCUGUUUAUCUCCAUCCAAAACUGAAUUCUUUCUCUGAGAACUCUGACACAACAGAUGAUAAGAUGGAUGAGUUGUUAAACACAUUAGAUGUUAGAGAGGGCGUCAAAGCAAAAUUUUUUCUUAAUAUGUUAAAUUUGUGUGAGUCAGCUGGUGAGAAACUCCUUGUUUUUAGUCAGUAUCUUGUCCCCUUGAAAUUUUUAGAGAGAUUGUCCGUGAAAGUGAAGGGUUGGCAACCAGGAAUUCAGGUUUUCUCGAUCACGGGUGAAUCAAGCUCUGAUCAUAGGGAGUGGUCUAUGGAUCGCUUCAACAACUCUCCUGAUGCCAAAGUUUUCUUUGGAUCUAUAAAGGCAUGUGGAGAGGGAAUUUCUUUGGUGGGGGCAUCCCGAAUUAUCAUCUUGGAUGUCCAUCUUAAUCCAUCUGUGACCCGCCAAGCAAUAGGUCGUGCAUUUCGCCCUGGCCAAAAGAAGAAAGUGUACACGUAUAGAUUGGUUGCAGGGGAUUCUCCUGAGGAGGAGGAUCAUAGUACUUGUUUCAAGAAGGAAUUAAUUGCAAAAAUGUGGUUUGAGUGGAACAAGUAUUGUGGUAACCGAGAUUUUGAUAUGGAGACUGUUAAUUUGAACGCGUGCAAUGAUCUCUUUUUGGAAAGUCAGUUGUUAAGGGAAGACAUUAGGGAUCUGUACAGAAGGUAGAUGCUGGGACCAUGGGCUGAGGCGGCCAUGGGCAGUUUCCUUGUGUUGCACAUGUAAUUUCUUCUUUUGUAGUCUGUCUUUGGAUAUGUUUCCCGAUAACUUUUGAAAGCAUCUAGGCAGUUGCUUGAGAGCAAUAUGAAUAGAUUCCUUGCUAUAGAAAUGACCUUUUUUGACGGUCCUUGGAGACUUUUCCCUUGUGUCCAAGGAUCUUUAGUGCAGGCAGGAAUCAAGUAGAUGCUUACUAUUUGUACAUGAAAUUAUGUGUUCUAGUUUUGAAAUGGGAGAAGGCGCUUGGUUAAGUAA